UACAAGCGUCUUAUUUUUUUGUAACUCUUCGGAUGCCUCUCUCUCGGGGCUGUAGCCUACGCAGCUAAAACGAUUUAACAAGGUUUCUAGUGUAUGAUGGUCAUUCUUUGAUUUCGUUUAUAAUUAUCGUUUGAUCGCUGAGGCUUUAUUUUAUUUUUUUUUUCAACGGGAAAUAGUUUAAUGUUGAUGACGUUCCAUUUAUUUUCUCGGUUGAACCGGUGAGCGGGGCAGGAGCCUCCUCUUUUGAGCUGUCAACCUGGCUUCCUGUUCCUACAACAUUAUAAAACGAGGACAUUUAUUGUUUUUGACAAAGUAAUUGUUGUUCGUCAUAUUGAUUUCUGCGUAAACUGAAACGUUUUUUUUGGAUCGAAUACUGAGGAUAUCGGCCUUUUUUCCCACCAAGGACCGACAUGGAUUUCCAUCGCUCGGUUCCAGGCUUACACGGGAUAUCAGUUGUCUUUCUCCUAAAAGCUAAAGCUAUUCUUUGAUUUAUCUAUCGUGUGGAGCCCCUCCUACCUGAGUCGGGGAUAGAGGCGGACAUCGAGGUCAAGAGCAUCCUCUCUUCAGACUCUGAUACCUUCUACCAGCUGUAAACGAGCCCAUCACUCUGAGCCUGUCUUCACCCCCCUCUGAUACGGCGUGUCCUUCCACCAGCUCAGUGAUGACGUCUCGGGUGUUGAUGAGGCAGGAGCUGAUGCGCCAGCAGGCCAGGGACCAGGAGAGGAGAGAGGCCCAGCAGCAGGUCUCCUCGGCUCAGUUACACACCACCGACUCCUCCCCAGCCAUCUCCAUGGCCCCAGAGCAUACCGAAGCCCGACCACCCCCUGCCCAGGUUCCUGUGGAGGUCCUCAAGGUUCAGACCUACCUGGAGAACCCCACUAAGUACCACCUCCAGGCCUCCCAGAGACAGCAGGUUAAACACUACCUCUCCUCCACCGUGGGGAACAAACUGACCAAUCAGACGCUGGGCGCCUCCCCCUCACCUCACUCCGGAUCCGCCCCCGAGCUCCAGCCUGCAACCAGCAGCUCUCCUAGCAGCCCAUUGGCUGUGCUCAGCCUGAGCUCCAACAAAGAGGAGAUGGAAGAUGUGAUCGAUGGCAUCAUCAGUUUUGAAUCCGGUCUCAACGAUGAGUUCUUUCAGUUGAUCGACCCUGGACUACAGCUAGCCAACACGCUGCCGGUGUCAGUGAACAUGCUGGAUGUGUUCAGCAGUGGAGGGAUGGCUGCUCCUAACAUCACCGUCUCCAACUCCUGUCCUGCUGACCUGCACACCGUCAAGACUGAGUUAACCGGUACAGUGGUGGAGGCUAAAGCUAUGAUGAAGGAGCGACAGAAAAAGGACAAUCAUAACCAGAUUGAGAGACGGAGGAGGUUCAACAUCAACGAUCGCAUCAAGGAACUGGGAGCUCUCAUCCCCAAAUCUAGUGACCCAUCCCCCUGCUACGGAGACAGGGAGACGCGUUGGAACAAGGGCACCAUCCUGAAGGCGUCUGUGGACUACAUUAGGAGGCUGCAGAAGGAGCAGCAGAGAGCCAAGGAGGUGGAGACCAGACAGAGGAAACUGGAGCACAGCAACCGCAGCCUACUGCUACGUAUACAGGAGCUAGAGAUGCAGGCCUGCCUCCACGGCCUCUCCACCCCCGCCUCCUCCUCCCAGGGCUCCUCCUCCUCACACCUCAGCCUAUCACAAUCCCUGGACCCCAGCACGGGCGACGCCCUCUCCAAGACCCUCCUCUCCCUGAGUGGUGGCCCAGGCCUUCAGGCCACCUCCCCCUCCUUUCUGUCUCCACCCCCCUCGGCCUCACCGGUUGGCCUGAUGAACAUGGCUUCUCCUCUGGGCUUCUCUGAGCUGGACGACCCGUCUGCCGCAGCCUUCCACUCCUCCCUGCUACCGGACAUGGGUCUUGGGGACAUCUUGAUGGACCAUGGGGGGAUAGGGAUGUCCCCGGUGUGGGCCCGAGAGCCCCUGCUCUCCUCCAUCUCCCCAGGAGUCUCCAAGACCUCCAGCCGCAGGAGCAGCUUCAGCAUGGAGGAGGACUUGUGACUUGAGUUAAAGGACCCUACCCCUUACACUGCUAGGCAAGAGCAGCUUCAUGCAUGGAGGAAAGCCUGUGACUGGGCUGAGUCCAAAACCAACCCCUAGACCAGCAUUUCCCACACUCGAUCCCAAUAGGGUGCACGUUUUGGUUUGUGCCCUAACACUACACUGAUUCAAAUGAUCAAAGCGUUAUGGUUAAUUGAGUAUUUCAUUCCACUGUGUAGUGCCAGGGCAAAAACCAAAAUGUGCUUCCUUUAGGAUCCUGAGGACCGAGUUUGGGAGACCCUUCCCUAGACCCUGGCUCCUAAACCCUAGCUCCUAAACCCUACCCUAGCUCCUAGACCCUGGCUCCUAGACCCUGGCUCCUAGACCCUGGCUCCUAGACCCUGGCUCCUAGACCCUGGCUCCUAGACCCUAGCUCCUAGACCCUGGCUCCUAGACCCUGGCUCCUAGACCCUGGCUCCUAGACCCUGGCUCCUAGAACCUAGCUUCUAGACCCUGGCUCCUAGACCCUAGCUCGUAGACCCUAGCUUCUAGACCCUAGCUCCUAGACCCUAGCUCCUAGACCCUGGCUCCUAGACCCUAGCUCCUAGACCCUGGCUCCUAGACCCUAGCUCCAAGACCCUGGCUCCUAGUAAUUGUUUAAGACACAAGGUUAUUUGUAGAUCAGUCAGUCUGCAAUGUAGUUAAUCUGGACCACGACUUAAGGCCUAUUAGAGGACUGGGGUGGAGCCUCCACAUACUAUGGCCCCGUCCAUCAAUCACAGAGUUGUGGUCAAAGGUCUUAGUUUAGUCGAGGAUUUGCAAAAUUCCAGUCCCCAGGUUUUCCAGAAAUCCUGGCAGUAAGGUUCCAGAAAUCCUGGCAGUAAGGUUCCAGAAAUCCUGUCAGGAAGGUUCCAGAAAUCCUGGCAGUAAGGUUCCAGAAAUCCUGUCAGGAAGGUUCCAGAAAUCCUGGCAGGAAGGUUCCAGAAAUCCUGUCAGGAAGGUUCCAGAAAUCCUGGCAGGAAGGUUCCAGAAAUCCUUGCAGGAAGGUUCUAGAAAUCCUGGCAGUAAGUUUCUAGAAAUCCUGGCAGUAAGGUUCCAGAAAUCCUGGCAGUAAGGUUCCAGAAAUCCUGGCAGUAAGGUUCCAGAAAUCCUGUCAGAAUCGCAGAUGAAACACGUUAAAAUAGACAUGAACCUAUUUUUACGUCUGUUAUUUUCAGGAGUUGUCCAUCCCUGGAUCUUUAUCACAGAACAGGAAACCGGAGUUGGGGAAUAUUGUUUCAAUGAAACAGCAGAUGCUGUGUUCAGAAAGCCACAAAUAUUCAAUUAAAAACAAAUAUUCAAUUAAAAACAAAUAUUCAAUUAAAAACAAAUAUUCAUUAAAAACAAAUAUUCAAUUAAAAACAAAUAUUCAAUUAAAAACAAAUAUUCAAUUAAAAACCAUUAUUUGUAUGUAUGUAUGAUGAGACCUCAGCUUUUGUGAAACUCUGCAAAACAAAAAGGGAUGGCAUUAUUCUGUGUUGAAACAGCAAGAUUAACUGUCUGUGUAUCCCGAAUAGCAACCUAUUCCCUACAUCUGGAUACUACUGGAGUGCAGUAUAUAGGAAAUACGGUGCCAUUUGGGAUACAUGAUAGUGCAGCACUUUUCAUUGGUAGACAUGUUGUAUAGAUAGAUGAGUGUUGUGCAGUAGUAUGCUUCUAAAGAGUCCCACAGGAAAACCAGUCUGAGCAGCCAGCCAUGUAGUAGACUAAACAGUUACUGUGUUUGUAGACCCAAUGUUCUGUUGUCUUCAACAACAAGACAGUUAAGAGUAGACUAACCCUGAACUUCAUCACUUCCUGUUCCUGGCCUGGCUGGGGUCAAUUCAGUUUAUCAGGGGUUGAGAAAAAAACCCCGAACAGAAUGAAAUGAGAAUGUUUUUUAUUUUCUAUUAAUGAAUUCUAUUUUCUCUUCUAAGAUUUUACAGAUUGAAAAUGGAAUUGACCCCUAACCCUACUGUCAGUCACUAAACUGCAGUAGUUUAGCUGUUAUAAGCACUUCUAAAGGUGUUAUGAGUGCUUAUACGCCCCAUGUAUCAGUUUUAGAAAACCUACUCAUUCUCAUUCAUUCUUAUUAUUUGUUUUUAAACCAUUUUCUACAUUUUACAAUAAUAGUGAAGACAUCAAAACUAUGAAAUAACACAUAUGGAAUCAUGUAGUAACAAAAACGUGUUAAACAAAUCAAAAAUAUAUUUUUAUAUUUGAGAUUCUUCAAAGUAGCCACUGGUUUGCCUUGAUGACAGUGUUGCUGUGUCCAAACCUUUUUGACUGGUACUGUAAACGGUGUACACAAGGGACUCGACAAUAAUGGAAUAAGAACCAGGUCUGUUGUGUUGUUUUAAAGGCUGACAUUCUAUAGCCUGGUUCCAGGUCUGUUGUGUUGUUUUAAAGGCUGACAUUCUAUAGCCUGGUUCCAGGUCUGUUGUGUUGUUUUGAAGGCUGACAUUCUAUAGCCUGGUUCCAGGUCUGUUGUGUUGUUUUAAAGGCUGACAUUCUAUAGCCUGGUUCCAGGUCUGUUGUGUUGUUUUAAAGGCUGACAUUCUAUAGCCUGGUUCCAGGUCUGUUGUGUUGUUUUAAAGGCUGACAUUCUAUAGCCUGGUUCCAGGUCUGUUGUGUUGUUUUAAAGGCUGACAUUCUAUAGCCUGGUUCCAGGUCUGUUGUGUUGUUUUAAAGGCUGACAUUCUAUAGCCUGGUUCCAGGUCUGUUGUGUUGUUUUAAAGGCUGACAUUCUAUAGCCUGGUUCCAGGUAUGUUGUGUUGUUUUAAAGGCUGACCAUCUAUAGCCUGGUUCCAGGUCUGUUGUGUUGUUUUAAAGGCUGACAUUCUAUAGCCUGGUUCCAGGUCUGUUUAUACUGUGUAAAGUAGCAAAACAGCACAAACCAAUCUGGGACCAGGCUAGAUGUUUUAAAUUUGAUGUAAGGUAUUUGGUAUUGGUAUUUAUUAGCCGUUGUCGAAAGCAGCAACCAGUUUUCAUGGGAUCCAGAGCUCUUUUAUUUCCAGGGAUGAGGUGAUAGGAUCAUUCAAACUGCUAAAAUGAUGCACCUCACAAUAACAAAGGGUUUCUUUCAGCUGCCAUUCAUAUUAUAACAGAUGCUUAAUAACACUGGUUUCAGGUUGCAAUCCAGGCUAAUAGCUUGUAUAAUAUAUAAUAAUAUGCCACGUUUCUUUGUCACCUGUGUGUAUGUAUAUUUUACGUAUGGGUGGUCCUAGACAUUGAACCUACUACCCUGGCAUUACAAGAGCCAUGCUCAACCAACCUGAGCUGCAAAUAACCACAGGUUUGAACACUGGUCUGUAUAUGGCCACAUUGACGACUUCUACAUAACAUGAUGUCUGCUUUGAUUUUGUAAAGGAAACAAGUUGUUUUACAAAUUGAAGAUUACAAUUUUUAUUCGCCUGUAA